AUGUUUGUGAUUGCUGGAAUCGUUGUUGCAUGGUAGAGAGUCAAAAUAUUUUCCAAUAAGAAAUUCUAAAAAUUGAAGUUGGAAAAAAAAUAAUACAAAUGUGAUAAUUAAACUGAAAUUAAUCUCGAUAAAAUAUGGAAUGAAUAAAACAGAAGUAUUUAUUAAAAAAAAGGAAAAAACAAGAAAAAAUAACAUAAAAAGCAUGCUAAAUAUUUGUCUUGGAAGAAAAGAAUGGAAAAAUACGAAUUAUAAUAACAAUUAUCCUGA